CCGCGCCCGCUUCUCCUCGCCCCGCCCCACCCCGCGCCCUGACGGCGUGGGUGCUCUCCCAGCGCAGCGCCCGCGCGCCUGCCCGUGCACGGACAGCCUGCUGGACGCCUGCCGCCGCCGCUGCGCGUGUUUCAGCACGCGAAUUCCACGCGAGUGUCGUCCGCGCGCGCUGCAGCCAUGGAGGAAGAAGGCGCGUCCUGUUCGCGCGACUCGGCGGCUGACACGGUGCCGCCGACGCCGCCGCCGACGACGACGCUGCUGUCGCCGCUGCCGCCGCCGCCGCCGCCGCCGGCGGAGGCAGCCGGAUCGACCCCCGCUGCCAGCCAGCGACGGGACCCAGUGAUCGUGUCCACGGAAACUGUCACUCACGUGCUCACCUACGGUUAUGUCACUUGCUCGUUGUACAGCCCUGUAACUAAUAGCGCCUAAACGUAAAUCUAAAUUAUAUUUUCACAUCCAAUUCGCGAUGACAUAUGGUGGUAAAUUAUGCAUUCCUAGAGUCUUCAUUAAUGGAAAUCUAAAUACAUUAUGAGCUCUAUUCAUCACAUCCAAUAACGCAUUUUCUCUGAGAGUGCAGUGAACCUUAACCAAAGAAGAAUUUCGUGCGGUAUAUUUGGUGCUUUAGAGCUCUAACAGUGGACGACAACAACUAGGAUACGUGAGUCAUCGAAGUUUGCCCCUCGCCUAUUAUAAGAUCGUAGAGAUUGGAUUCUCUUCGAUGGGUAGGACUGCGGAAGCAUUGCGACAAAACUUUAAACUACUCAAGAAGAUUAAGUGAAGAUGAAAAUACUGAUCGCAGUGACAAUAGAUGUGUAUAAUGACCGUAAGCGAUUCUAUUACAUUGCACUCGGUUAUUUUUCCUGGACAAAGAUAACAAAGAUUCUGUUUUUCACAAGAUCGUUCAAUAGGGGAACACUGCUCCAAACUUGCUUACAAUGUUGCACAAAUUUAUUUAGUGCAUUCAUGUAGAUGGCUUUAAAUGUUGGAUUAUUAGAGUUGUGACUGGCGGCCGUUAUGGCGUGCGGCACUGCAUUUGAGGCGGCGGAGCACGCGUGCAGCUGAGGACGGGCGAGGUGGAGCGGCAUCGGGACUCCGUUUGCGUCCGAGAAAGUAGCGGCCCGGCCGCGGGUGAGCGUGGCGCCAUGGGCGUGCACAAGAAUGUGGAUCACGAAAGCGGCUACUUCGAGGACGAGACGGACGAAGAGGAGAGUGCGGUGGUGAUGGGCAGCAGCGGGGGUAGCAGCGGCGGGGGCGCGGCACGGCCGCCCCCGCGCGGCCCUCGCCCCGCGCCGCUCACGCUGCACGAGUGCGGCAUCGCCCCGGAGGGCGAGAACGACGGCGAGGGCGAGCGGACCCUGGAGGACACGCGCGUAAACCUGAAUGGCGCCGGGAGAGUGGACAUGUCCCACUUCGAGCUUCUCAAGGUCCUGGGCACAGGAGCGUACGGGAAGGUGUUCCUGGUGCGCAAGCGCGGGGGCGUGGACGCCGGGCGGCUGUACGCCAUGAAAGUUCUGAAGAAAGCCACCAUCGUGCAGAAGAAGAAGACGACGGAGCACACAAAGACAGAGCGGCAGGUCCUGGAGGCCGUGCGCCAGUCGCCCUUCCUCCGCGAGCGCUUUGCCGAGGAGGAGGUGCGCGUGUACGUCGGAGAGAUUGUCCUGGCCCUGGAGCACCUGCACCGCCUCGGCAUCAUCUACCGCGACAUCAAGCUGGAGAACAUCCUGCUGGACUGCCACGGCCACGUCGUGCUUACCGACUUUGGCCUCAGCAAGGAGAGCAGAGGGCAUACUCUUUCUGUGGGACCAUUGAGUACAUGGCCCCAGAAGUCGUCAAAGCUGGCUGUUGACUGGUGGAGUGUUGGUGUAUUGACAUAUGAAUUGCUGACUGGAGCAUCACCGUUUACAGUAGAGGGGGAAAGAAAUUCACAGCAGGAUAUUUCCAGGAGAAUACUGAGGACAAAUCCCCCAAUUCCUGAAGAUUUAUCUCCAGAUGUGGCAGAUUUCAUCACUAGGCUCCUGGUAAAGGAUCCUCGCAAACGCCUUGGUGGAGGAGAAGGUGAUGCAGAAGAACUGAAACGACAUCCAUUUUUUAAAGGUAUUAACUGGGAAGAGCUAGCUCGGAAAGCAGUGCCAGCUCCCUUUGUUCCUAAGAUUGACAAUGAAUUGGAUACAAGCAAUUUUUCUGAAGAAUUUACCAAAAUGACACCCACAGAUUCUCCUGCAAUUGUGCCUCCUAAUUUUGAUAAAAUAUUUAAGGGUUAUUCUUAUGUUGCGCCAUCAGUACUGUUUAGUGAAAAUGUCAUUAGUGAUGAUAUAUUUCAACCUUCUCAACAACCAAACAGUGCUAGCAUCAUUGGAUGCAAAUUUAAAGAAUCACCAUUUUUCCAAAAUUAUGAUAUAAACUUAAAAGAAGGAAUUCUUGGGGAUGGUUCUUUCUCAGUGUGCCGUAAGUGCUGCCAUAGGCAAACUGGUCAAGAGUAUGCGGUAAAAAUUGUCAGUCGGAAAAUUGACUGCACCAGGGAAAUAAAUUUGUUACGUGCCUGCCAAAGUCAUGCAAAUAUAGUGAAACUACAUGAAGUUUAUUAUGAUGAAGCCCACACAUAUAUGGUGCUGGAAUUAUUACGAGGAGGUGAAUUACUUGAACGCAUUAGGCAAAAAGAUAGAUUUACAGAAAGUGAAGCAAGUCAGAUAAUGCGCAAGUUGGUAUCAGCGGUGAAUUUUAUGCAUUCCCGUGGCGUUGUUCAUCGAGAUUUGAAGCCAGAAAACUUACUGUUUACUGAUAGUUCAGAUGAUGCUGAAAUAAAAAUUGUAGAUUUUGGCUUUGCUCGCUUAAAACAAGAAAAGGAGCCCAUGCAUACUCCUUGCUUCACUCUUCACUAUGCUGCCCCUGAAGUUUUAAGGCAAGCAUUCACACAAUCUGCUGAUGGCUAUGAUGAAAACUGUGAUUUGUGGAGCCUGGGAUACACAAUGUUAUCGGGAAGAGCACCUUUUCACGCACGUUCCCGGGAUGACAGUGCAGCAGCAGUUAUGGCAAGGAUAAAAGGUGGAGAAUUUCAUUUCAAUGCAGAUGCCUGGGCUCAUGAUUGUUAACUGUUGACCCAAAGAAAAGGCUCCAAAUGCAUAAUUUGCUAUCCAAUGAAUGGCUACAAGGUGGCAAUGCCAGGUUGUAUCCAUCCACACCCCUAAUGACCCCUGAUAUUUUAGCAACAGGUUCUUCUACAAAAUCUGUGCAACUCGGUGUGAAACAGACCUUCAAUGCAUUCCAUCAGGCACACAGGGAAGGAUUCAGAUUGCAGGAAGUAGGCAAUGCUAAAUUAGCUCAAAGGCGGAGAAUGAAGAAAUCUUCCACUGAUGCUCGUAGUUGUUCUUCAUCAAGCAACUUUUCAACUUCUAGUUCUUCAGGUACUUCAUUGACUCCUACGCCUAUUAAAACCAGUCUUGCCACACACUCUGGCAAUACGACUUCGAAAAGAUCUGGAGGCAAUAAUGAUGACAGCAAAGUGUUCAAUUUUGGGGAGGCUCGUGUUCGAGAAUAUCUUUCAAGCUUGUCAUCUGAUGAAUCAUCUAGUUGUUGCUCAAGUUCAUCUUGUGGACACUCUCUGCUAACAAAAUAUUCAGAUGAGAAAGUUAAUGUUCCUUCUGUUAAUCAGAAAGAAAUGAAAGAAGAGAACAAUCGAGCAAUGACGUCUGUGUCCUCAAUGUAUUCAGGUGUUAAUAAAGCAGAAGAGAUUUCAUUAUCUACUGAAAAAAUUUCUGAUAUGGGUGUAGGAUCUAGUUCAUGUGGAAGAACAGUGCCAACCAAUAGAGCAUCAGGUUUAUUAUCUAGCAGCCAAGAGCAGCCAGUGUCUUCCUCAUGUCAUCAUCCUGUCCCUGAAGCAGGAAAGAGAUUAGAGUACUAUGCUGAUAUAUCUCAAAAGGGACAAUCGUCACAUUCUAGAGAUGCUUCAUCCAGUGGACCUUUAACUCGUUCCCGCAAGAGGAAGUUGGACAAUGGUGGGAAUGUUGUUUCAAGCAAAGAUUCUUGUACUAGUGAAACUUCUAAUAAGAGAAGUGCUGAUAAAACUCAAAUCUCGUGUGCACCUUCCUCUAAAAGGCAUCAUCACCAACACCAUCGUCAACAUUGUACUGAAGGGAAGAAAACAAAAAGAAUACCUACAAUAACAGUGGAAUAAGUUCCUUUAGCAUGUUUUGUUUUUUCCAGAAUUGAAAUUUUAUUGUGUUAAAAUUUGGGAACCUGUUAUGUUUAAAAUCCAUGACAUAAUAACAUUAUUUUGUUGUCUGCUCAGUCUGCCUCGAGUCAUAAAUGAGGCAAGUUAUAUUUUCAGAAAUAUAUUUGUCUGUGUAGAGAUAAUACAUUAUGUAAAUAUGAGUAUGUAUAUACAAAAGUUUUGUAUGAUCAUAUACAUGCAAUGUGCAAGUAUUAGAAUUGAAUAAACUAAGGAAACUUUCCCAAAAAUUUUUACUGCAGGGAACUAUAUUCUCACAACAUUCGGCUGAAAAUUCCUAUGUACAAAUAUAUGGAGUGUGAUGUAAAAAAAGAAAAUGAAAGGAGGAGGCCAUGAACUUGCAAUUUUACAGGAUUUUCAAAAUAUGUUUUUCUUAAUAUCAUAUCAAAAGUGUUAAGAAAUUAGCAGAAAACUGUUGAGAAUUAUUUCUCUUACAAUAAGAAAAAGUAAAAAUUAAGGGACAUAAUCAGGAGAUGUAAAGCACUUCUCUCUCUGGUAUAUUUACAAUUAUAACAGUUUGAAAUGGCCUCCUACCUUCAUAUAUGAAUAUUUUAAAUUAAUUAUGCGUACUUUCUAUUGAGUUAAAAAGUGUUAAAUUUGUUUUUACUUCCAUACAUCACCUCUAUGUACAUUGAAUAUUUUCUCUCCAUUCAUAAUAUGAGCAUCUCUGCUGUGUUGUGCUAUCUCAAUAUUUGCAAUAAUUUGUAAGUACUUUUUAGGAACAAUUAUGAUUAUGUAUUAUAGACUGUAUAGAAAAGGUGGUCUCUAGGUCAACAAAAGUAAUGCACAUGUAUAUCUAGUACAUAACCAGAAACUCCAAAAUGAAUCCUUAUUAUGAAAUAAUUGUUCCUGUAAGUUGUAAGAAAUUAGGGUCUACAGCACCAGUAUAUCUCACUUUUGUGCUGUAAUUUUCACAGUAAAUCAAUGUCGAGCCCUCCUGUUACUGUAAAAUAACAGCAUUAAAUGAGGUUUAAACAGUUAUCUAUAUAUAAGUACGUGUAAACAAAUGAAUUGCAUAUUUUUAAAUGAUACCCAUGUUAAAGUUUAAAAGUUAUUCUAAUGAUGUAUUUUGUAUAUUUAAAACUAAAUUUUUACAAAAUGUUGUAUAUUUAUUAGUUCCAUGUGCAAAUAUUGACUGUAUUAUUUACCGUUUUGUUUUAAAAUAUUUUAUUUGUCUGUUAUGAAAUGAAGAGAUUAGUAGUGUUACUUGUUAAAUUAUAUGGACACUUAUUUACUCAAGCAUAUAAUUGAAAAUGUAUUACAGGAUUAAAUGACAAGUCUAACCAAAUCUCCUAUUAUUUCCACAUUAACUGCAUUUCUUAAUCUGCAUACUACUGUGUAGAAGUUUGUGUAUGGUAAUUUCCAAGUAUUUUUUUAAGUGAUGAGUUAGUUUGGACAACUUUCAUAUUUGAUAAGUCAAAUAAAUAUUAUCUAUUUUUGAGGAGAUGUGAGUUUGCAGAUAAUCUCAUUUAGUAUUUCUAGUUAAUAAAAACAACAUAUUUUAAACGGUUACACUUCAAAUACACUCAAAUUUAAUUUCUUACUUCAUUACACUGUUUCAUAGUUUUCACAUAAAAAAUAUGGAGUGAGAGCUUGCCAUUGGGCGUGUGCCCAAGACCCCCUAGUUUUCUAAAUUCUAUGGUCAUUUCUGCUUUGUACAUUUGUCAUUUCUAUAUUGUACUUCUUAAUUCCACUAGAUAACGGGAGUACUUCAUUCAUGUACUGAUUAUAUAAUAGUUCUCAAAUAUUUCUUCAGUUUUUAAUCUAGAUUUUGACCAUUGGGAAGUGUUCCUUGAUAUUGAAAUUGAAUGCAAACAUGAAUGUGGUUUAUAUAGGAAGUGACAUGACUUUGUACAUUUUAAUCAAUAAGACUGUUGAGUAAAUAAAUGUCAUUGGUGCGUGUCUAUGUAUGCAUGAAAGUUAAUGGUCAUAGGUUAGCAGAAGGUUUUGUUAACUACCCUGCUUCAUGGAUAUAUCUGAAUAUAAGGUUUCGUGAAAAAAUGUAUAUUAUAUACUGAAAACAUUUUUUCUCAGGUAUUGAGUAGCAUUAUCAUUGUUACAUUAAUUUCUGUUCAUUCAUGCUAGAGAAGACUAAUUCUUUUAGUUAUGUCAUACAAUGAAGUACUCUGUCAUUUGAAACGGUUUCAUAAUUUAGUAACUUUUAUGCAAUUGAUGGUAUGGAAGUAUUAUUUGUGAGAAAUUUAUUGUAGAACCUUAAAAAUAUUGUUGCUUCUGUGUAGUUCUUAUUUUUCUGUGCGUCACAUAUUAAUUUAAGUAAUUUAAUUAGUAGCCAGAAAAAUACCUUUCAGGCACUUACUUGCACUUGAACUGUUACAAUCAUUGUUUCAUUACAACCAAUAGAAUUAAGUGCUUAAAUAAAAGAAGAAAAGUUAAUUAUCCCUCCAUGCAUGUGCAAUAGCAAAUGGUUCUCAGUGCGUCUCUUCUCCUUUUCUUCCGACUGUUAGAGUAAACUAUGUACUACACAUUCAGUACAGACCCUGUCAAAUUGCAUUAAUUAUUCUUGCAAUUGUGUAAAAAGGUUAUCUACAUUUUAUGACUUCUAACAGGUGAGAAGAAAAGUUUGUGAUGUGAAAAGUGUCCUACAAACAAGUUGUUCUUGAAUUAAUAGAUUGUAAAGAAAUAAGAUGGAAGCAAUUAAUGUAUUUUUCAUUUUGUUAAAUUCGUUCCUUGAGAAUGUCUUUCAAAGCAAGUAGUAUCUUCAUAAAAAUAGAAUGUCAAUUAACUUCCUGGAGUUGCCUUCACAUCUUUCAUAGACUUGAGAAGAGUAGGUAUUGUUUAUACAAAGUGACAAGUAAAAACUUGUUCAAAUCUAGAAAAUGUUUAUUUUUGAGUAAUGAUAUGAAAUAACUAGUGUGGCAUUUUUGGGGUGAAAGAGCAUACUAGAGUUUUAAAGUUUAAGAAUGCAGUGCUAGUAAUUGACAAAAAUGUUGUAGUGCUGUGAUAUAUGCAUAUUCAUCUAAUUAUCUAGUGCACAGGGAUUCAUCAAAUUAUUUCAGAACUGUGUAUCUGAUUUGCCUUGAAUGAUUACAUAUGCUACAAAGACUGUGAUUUUUUUCUUAACUCAAGUUAAUAAAUAUUUAGCUUGGGCAAUGUUCCAUAUUAGAAAAUAUUUUAUAAUAUCUCUCAAUGUCGUAUCUUAUUUGGAAAUAAGGAAUAUGCAAAAUAUUAUUAAAGAAUUCAUAGACUUAUUUAUAGCAAUAUGUGACACUUAAGAGAAUGAAAGUUGAAAUAUUAUACUAGCAGUUUUUGGAUAAUUACACUUAGAUACCAAGAAUCUUGAUGGUAACCAGUGACUUCAAGUUGUGAAAAUUUUAUUUGCACUUCUUGGUUUUGAAAUGUUUAUGGAAAUGAAUAAAAAUGAGUACUUCCUUUUCUUUUAAAUGUGUUGUUUUUCAUAGUAUAAAAAAUUUAACAUUAUUAAAUACCACUCAGUUUUACUAAGACUAUUCCACAAACGAAAUGUCCAACAAUUUCAGAAUGUGCCAAAUAUUAAAUAAAUCGAUGGAACUUGCACUUUUAGUGUAAACUGCCUUUGAUCACUGAUGUGAUAGGCUUUCAGAAAAAAAUGAUCACAAAAAAUGUAUGGAGUGAUAAAAUUCUAAACUCCUUGGAAAAUAACAUAGGAAAAACAAUUUCUUUGAGUAAAAAGAUAUCCUGAAAGGGGGUAGCAGAUAUGUUAAAUGCACUUUAUAUUAACUGGCUAAAUCUAUGUGAAAAUUUCACACACUAACUUUUUUGCUUAUUUUGACGGCCAGUGACUUGUUACUUCACCUGAGAAACAAUUAAUUGACCCAUAAAUGAUUUUGUGAAUUGUCCCAUCUCUUCUAGAAUUUGCUUGAGCUGGCAUGUUAAGUAGAGAAAGCAGAUUUAUGCUGUCAGCUUGCCAAUCAUUGUCACCAAGUGGUUCAACAGUUUAAAUGCAUUAAUGUACCUGUCAAAAAUGUUUUUAAAUGUAGAAAAUCAAAAAGUUACCCAUUGUGAAAAGUAUUUUAUUGUAUUGUAUAAGAGCUUCACAUAAAGUACAGUACCUCUCAAAAUGAGAAGAUUCCUCUAAAAUUUGAGGAGCUGCCAAGAAGUCAUGUGAUUUCCCUUGGCAGAUCCAGGAGGCAGGGGGGACAUGCUCCCCCAAGUCAAAAAUGCUGUUAUUUUGCCCAAUUUAUUAAAAAUAAUUACCACAUUUAAAUAUCACAUCCAAAACAAUAUUCCCAUUAUGAAUAUACUGUACAUUUUCGUUAAAUUUCAAGUUAACAAUAAACAAUUUAAAAAUUUUAAUAGGGUGUCCGAACUGAAAUUUUCCCCACCCCCGCCCGUAAAUUACUUUCUGAA